UGGCUCUUCAGUCAAGGUCCCAUUUCGCUCUGGACAUUUAUAAGGUAGGUAUCGUCCAGUAGAUCUCAACCCUUCACAGCUCGGUUGGCUGCUAGUCAUAUUUCUAAUGAGUAAUGGCAUCGACGACACUCAACACAGCUAGCAAUGGACUUGGUGCGAAGAGCACUGUGAAGACGGGUUCGGCAGUACGUGGCGCAUCGCUUCUCAUCAUCCUCCAGAUCGCCUCGCGCGCUGUCACCUUUCUCGCCAACCAGUUACUACUGCGCUUCCUCACUGCCCAGCGACUUGGCGUGUCUGCACAGCUUGAAGUCUAUUACCUUUCAGUCUUGUUCUUUGCACGCGAGAGUUUGCGCGUCGCCACCCAACGACAGGGAACCAAUGACAGCAGCCACGGUAAAGAUGGCAACAGGCCUAGUGGACAAUCUCAACACGAGGGGUCAGAAGGACUAAGUGCAGGCGCAAGGGACAGCCAAUCCCUCAUCAAUAUCUCCCACCUGUCGCUUGGCCUGGGUCUUGUAUCAUCACUGGGAUUGGGCUGGGCUUACCUUCGAUAUAUCGAUGUGGCCACGGCGUCAACGCCAUAUCUAGACACAGCACUACAUAUAUACGGCAUCGCCGCUUUGGUUGAGCUUCUUUCUGAGCCUGCAUUUGUCGUCUUGCAGUACCGACUACGGUUCGGACCCCGUGCCGCGGCUGAGUCUGUAGCCACUUUCUUGCGAUGUCUCGUUACCUUUGGUGCCGCCAAUUGGGGGUGGAAGCAAAGCUUGGAUUUAGGCGUAUUGCCCUUUGCCCUCGGCCAGCUUGCAUAUGGUGUAGGACUGCUGACCGUUUACUUAUGGUACGGUGUCAUGCUGGCAAAGUCCGAGGGGUUCUCCCUCUUCCCACGUCGUCUAAGCAGGGACAUGACAAUAAGCGCGGCAAGGGGGCAGCCGCUACCCAAUGACAGCUACAUCCUCGGCUACUUUUUCUUGCCUACCCUUCAACUGGCUGCUAGUCUCAUGUCUCAGUCGCUUGUUAAGCACAUCCUGACGCAGGGCGACACUUUCCUCGUUUCGAUCCUCUCCGACCCCCAAUCUCAGGGUGUUUACGCGCUCGCCAACAACUACGGAAGUCUUCUCGCUCGCCUUGUCUUUCAACCUAUCGAGGAAAGUAGUCGGAACUACUUUAGUAAGCUCCUAUCAUCCCCGUCCAUGUCGACCGCAGGGAAAAGGACACAAGAUAAGACAGUGGCGACGACGCAGGUCCACAAAGCGCGGAACGAUCUUCAGGCACUCCUCAAGUUCUAUGUCCUUCUUAGCAUCAUUGUCGUCAGCAUUGGUCCUUACGCUGCACCACUUCUUGUGCAGAUCGUUGCGGGACCACGGUGGUCUGGCAGCGGUGCCGGUGCCGUUCUAGCAAGGUACUGUUUGUACAUUCCGCUGCUGGCAGUGAAUGGCGUUGCCGAAGCCUUCGUUUCAUCUAUCGCUACUAAAUCUGAGGUUCAUCGUCAAAGUCUCUGGAUGGGUGCCUUCAGCUGCAUAUUUGCUAUCGCUGGCUUUGUUUCACUACGCAUAUUUCACCUGGGGGCCGUCGGACUAGUGUACGCAAAUGCAAUCAACAUGACUUGUCGCAUCAUAUGGAGCGGCGCUUUUAUCUCCCAAUACUUUCGACUAAAUGGCGUAGACUUUGGAUGGAGUGAGCUUGUACCUAGUGGGACUGGUCUCUACGUUUUAGGCACGGCUAUGCUCUGGGCUGCCUUGUUAAGAGCUGGAAUUUCGGUGGGCAUUAUCUCAUCAAAUGUCUUUCAGGACCUAAUAACGGUUGGUGUUGCCGCGGUGCCCUACGUUGGUCUUAUUGCUUACGCCGAACGCCACUACCUCAUGAGUUGCUACCUAUCUAUACGUGGCCAUCGGAAUGCCCUAUGAACCUUAUAUUGUGAAUCAUAUAGUGGAAACUUUCGAUGUUUUCCCUGAACUUUAACAGAAUGUUCUCCUGGACUUGUGAUCUGAUUUAGUCAUCAAACGUGAUCUUGGUGCCUUUCUGCGACAUGUCGACAUCCUUGAAGAAGGCACCAUAAGUGCUGUGUGCCUUUUUCUUGACUGUGGUUCCAAAUUUGAGCAGCUCGUCUGGUAUAGGCUGAC